AAGCUAGCCUAGAGGAAGGGUCAGGUCCAACCUUUGUGGACCUUGUCGACUGAUGAUCUGAUUGACCAUUAGAUUUCCUCGGCAUUAGAGUUUCAUCCCGCACACCGAACUACUCUCAGGGACGCACACAAAUACGCUGCCUUGACUUGUAUCUUUCGCGGGAAGAAAAAGCGCACAACCUCAAAGGUUUUUUUUUUGUUUAUCUUUUUUUUUCCACAUUUGCCUCCUGGGAGAAAACAUCGCCCAAUACAAACUUCACUCUAAGAUACUUUGCCUCAUCAUCACAAAACAGACAAUCAACAUGGGUUACGCAAAGAACGACUCCAAGGCUGCAAAUGCCUCAUCAGUCGAGAUCCCAUUUGACAUGCCUGUCAUCGACUACAAGGGUAUGCACGGCAGCCCAGAGGAGAGGGCCAAAUGGCUGAAGGAGCUGGAUAGGGGAUUCCAGACUUAUGGAUUCUGCUAUCUGUCUAAUUCUACCAUUUCUGAGGAACUGCUUGAGGAGGCCUUUGAGUGGUCCCGUCGUCUGUUUGCGCUCCCAUUUGAGACCAAGAUGAAGGCGGAGCACCCGGCGUAUGAGACCCCCUACAGUCAUCGUGGGUACGCCAAGCAGGGAGUUGGCCACACGGUGCAGCUGCUCUUCGAUCACGACGAGAUUGAAAAGACCAAGAUCACAGAGCCAGAGAUCAAGGAGACGUUUGAGCUGGGCAACGGCCUGCCAAACAGCGGGCUGGUCCCCAACAACUACGUGCCCGAGGAGGACCUCCCGGGGUUCAGGGCAUUCCACGAAAAGUGGUUCGUCGAGUGCACCAAGCUCGCGCAGAGCCUGCUCAAGGACUGCGGCGACUCGCUGGGGCUCACGGACCCGGAGCUGUUCUGCAAGCAGCACUCGAUGAACGACGCGCACAUCAGCCUGAUGCACUACCCCGAGAUCUCCAUCGAGCCGCUGCACAGCGGCAAGGCGGCCCGGCUCAACGCGCACACCGACUACGGCAGCCUGACCAUGCUCUUCCAGGGCGAGAUUGGCGGGCUCGAGGUGUACGACGGCGAGGUGUUCAAGCCCAUCGUGCCCAAGAAGGGCACCGUGAUCCUCAACGUGGGCGACAUGCUGGAGCGCCAGUCCAACGGCCGCUGGAAGAGCUCGCUGCACCGCGUGGUGGGCCCGCGCGACAUCAUGAUGCAGGAGGGCUUCGACCCCAAGGGCACCGUGGUCGACAGGUACACCAUUGUCUACUUUUGCCAGCCCGACGCCUCGGUCAUGAUCGACACGGUGCCCGGCUGCGAGGAGGCCGGCGCCUGGAAGCCCACCAUGGUCGGAGACUGGGGCGACAAGAUGACCUCGCUCGAGUGGCUGCACAAGCGCUAUCUGGCCGAGUUUCACUGAGUUCUUCGAAUGUAUGAUUGGUUGUGUUUUCUUUGCGUUGUAAAUAAACUUUGGAGUUAGUACUGUUCGGGAAAUUGCCAAGCAGAGCUUGGUUUAGCUGGA